AUGUCUACUUAUGAUCAAAUUGAAAUUGAGGACAUGACUUUUGAUCCAGACACACAGAUAUUUUCUUAUCCAUGUCCCUGUGGUGAUAGAUUCCAAGUAUUUAUUGAUGAUCUGUACGAUGGCGAUGAUGUGGCUGUAUGUCCUAGUUGUUCCUUGAUGAUUCAAGUUAUUUUUGAUAAGGAUGAUUUGACUGAAUAUUACGAGGAAGCUGGUUCACAACCUCCUGAACCUAUCGCUGUAGCUGCUUAA